UGGGAGCAGUCGCAGUUUUAAACACGGUUUAGUUGGUCAAGUAUCUUAAGACAUUUGAUAACUUUAUUUAAGUUGUUGAUAGGAGUUUAUUUUUUAAGAAAAGCUGUGAGGUACAAGUUCACACUGAGGAAAGUGACUGAAUUUCAAGGAAGUAACAACAGAGAUGACUCCUUUGAUGUUUAAGAAUGCUUUCUGGGGGACGGAUUUUACUUGUCAUGCUGGGUAUGACACUGUGAUCCAGAGGUUACGAGAUGGAAGGCAAAUGUGCAAAGAUAUGGAGGAACUUUUAAAGAUGAGAGCACUAGCAGAGGAGAAGUAUGGGAAGGAACUGGUGACUAUUGCUCGUAAGGCUGGAGGACACACAGAGAUCAGCACCUUAAGAGAAUCCUUGGAACAAUUAAAAACACAAAUGGAGAACAUUGGGAACUUUCACAUCCAGCUCUCUGAUAUAUUGAAAGAGGAGGUGAAAAAGAUUGAGACAUUCAGAGAACGUCAGAAAGAGCAGAGGAAGAAGUUUGAAAGCAUCAUGGAUAAGGUUCAGAAGAAAAAGGUUUCUUUGUUCAAGAAAACCACGGAGUCUAAGAGGAACUAUGAGCUGAAAUGCAAGGAGGCGGAUGAGGCCGAUCAAGGGGUUGCUGCCACCAAACACCCGGAGAAGGCACGUCACAGGGCCAAGCAAUGCAGACAGGCAGCCAAUGAAGCAGAGAAGCUGUACUUCACCAACAUUGUACAGCUAGAAAGUGUUCGUCGGGACUGGGAAGAAACACACAAAAGCACAUGUGAGGUAUUCCAACAACUAGAGGGAGAUCGCAUCAGCAUGCUCAGGUGUAAUCUCUGGGACCACUGCAAUCAUUUCUCCAUGCAGUGUGUCAAAGAAGAUGAGCUUUAUGAGGAGGUGAGGAAGGUCCUGGAACGGUGUGACAUCAUCACAGACAUCAACUACUUCAUAGAGAUGAAAAAGACAGGACAGAGUCCGCCAGACCCCAUAGUAUUUGAGAGCUACUACCCGAGGGAGACGUCCAGGGACAGCAACGGUCAAGCUCAUUUCACAGGAGGAGAGGAAGACAUGAUGAGGAGGCGAUCUGAUGCCUUUCUCGGAAGUUCUUUGAGGAUUAACGCUGACAGUCCUCAAAAUUCACGACCAAUGCUGACAUCUAAUGGCGAAUCUUCAGUUGAACUUUCAAAUGAAGGUUAUGCACCCCUACCAGGCCUCCAACCAGCAGCCUCACUGCCAUCAGUUGCACCUGAUGAAGACAGCUACAUUGUGCUUUUUGCAUAUGCUGCACAGCAAGAGGAUGAACUGGACAUGAGCAGAGGGGAUGUGGUCCAAGUAUUGGACCGAGGAGAGGAUGGCUGGUGGACAGUGGAGAAGAACGGGCUGUCUGGACUGGUGCCAGGAAACUAUCUGGGCAAAAAGUGAUUUAUUGCAAACACACACACACACAGAAAAACAGACGAAUCCAAACAAAAGACCAAUGACAGCACACACAGUCAAUCAUGCGUAUGCUUAAUAAAACAAAGAUAGUUGAAGACUAUAGAUAGUCACACACAGAUACGUCCUUAUCAUCCUUUUUUCUGAAUCUGAAUAGAAAUGUAGCAUCAUUAGUAGAGUUUUAGAAAAGUCACAUACAAAUGUUAUGAAAUAUCUUCAUCAGACAUCUCUUAUUUAUUCACCUAGUAAAAAAAAGUCUCGAUUGAUUUAUCACAAAAGGAUAUUGCAGUGUAACCCCUUCUACCUCAUGACUUUAAUAGUCUUUACUCCCCAAACAGUACAUAGGAUGUGAGAAUGAAAUGCCAUCUGGUGUUGAUUUGAAUGGAUUUUUUGUUUUUUGUUUUAAUAGCUUCAAUUACUUUAUUUUUUCAACUUGAGUCUGAGGAACAAACAAGAAAAUGUUUAUAUUGGUGAUAUAAGAACAACUACUCCAGUGCAAGCAAAGGUCUGCAUUGCAACAAUUACAACACUUUAUUAUGAAUAAUCUGAACUUUGAUUAAUCAUCAUCAUAUUAUCACACUGGUUACUCCAGUGUGAUAAUAUGGUGACUAAUAGAUUAUUUGGUUUCAAGUUGAGUAAAAAACAAAGCAGUGUUGAACUUAAUCACUUUAUUAGAUAAAUUAAAGAAUUGAGUCCAAAUUGAAUUAAAAAUAACCAUUUAUUGGAUGAGUAUCUCUGUGUCUCUACAUCAGCAAUCCCAGCAAUGUAGUAAAUUGCCUUGGACCACUUUCAUUCAUUUUCUUUAUUUUUUGUUGUUGUUUUUGUUUCAUUGUUUGUACAAAUUAUAUUCUAUAAUUAACAGGUUCUUCUUCUUAGGUUAUAUGACUGUAAUGUUUGAAUGUUAUUUGUAUUUGUGAUUAGAGACUGUAUAGAAGAGGAAAGAGGUACUAUACAGUAUGUGCACUAUGUAAAAUAUACAGUGUAUCUAUACUGUCUAUAAUUUAUGAGCCCAGUAUCAGUGUCACAGUAUCAAUUGAUGGCACUUUUUUUUUUUUUUCUCCUUAUACUAUAUGUCUUAUUAUACUAUGAUCUAAUUGGUAAGGUGACAGUCACAUAAUACCAUGGGAAUAAAUGGAGAAUUAGACAGUGAAGUUGAAAUGAAUGACUUUAUUUGUUUUUCCUGCCUGUUCUCCCAUCUAUACACAAUUCUAUUUCUCACAUUUUUUUCUGCAGCACUAGCUAAAUAUCUAGGGAUCAACUUAACAGCAAAAAAAUAUUAAAAUGGUGCACUUUCACAAAAAUGUAUAAAAUCAUAAUUCUUCAUAGCGGGUUUAUAACUAAAAACUAAACAGAAGGAAUAGACUAGAAACAAUGUGACAAACUAAACCUACACAUACACACGUUUUAAGGUAAAACUGAUAAUACUGCUACUAAUAGCACUGGAGAUUGAAAGGUUGACUGACUCACAAUUUAUAUACUGGCAAUACCUCAGUAGUGAAGCCUGAUUCAGAAUACAUCCACACCUAACCAGAAUGUACAUUAUUCUCAACCUUAAUAUUUGUGAAUAUGAAAAACUUAAGACAGUGAUCAAAUUAUUAAAUCAGUUCUUUCUACGAGAAAAAGGUUUUGUUAAUUUUCACAAAAUCUGGUCAGACCCAGUUCUUGGGAAUAGUGUACAAGUUCUAUUUAGCAUAGAUUUUGCAUUUGAACAACCGUGAAAUAUCUCCAGAGCUCCAUCUGUAGUGCAAACUAGCACACAUGGAAAUACAUUCUAUACAAAUCUCCCAACCAUAAUUUCAAACAUAAGCUCUUCAUUUCUCCUCAUCAUCCUUACUGGGGAUGAGCCCAAUUUUAAUGAAGCCACAAUUAAAU